AACAUGUGUCGGCUCUUCGUGACGAUGAUGGUGAUCACGGUAAUCAACUUCGCGUCAAUCAACGCAGAGUUGCAUAGAAUUCCGUUACACAAGGCAUCCUCUGUUGAAAAAUUUUCGACGGAAACUAUGAUACGACUCCGUUCGGGUACGGCAAACGUAUCUCUGAUUAAUUACCUAAAUAUUCAAUACUACGGUACUAUUGAAAUUGGAACUCCACCGCAGACAUUUAAAAUAGUUUUCGACACUGGUUCCUCAGAUCUCUGGGUAGGUUUAAGAAAUAUUCACGAUGUUACAACUGUACCCUGUUACUUUUGUCCCCGGUCUACCCUACCAUCCAAAAACUGCAACAUCAGCCAACCUGCUUGCUUAAAACAUAAUAAAUAUGAUAAUACAAACUCCACCACAUACGUGGAAGACGGACUUACAUUUGAUAUUCCUUACCACGAUGGCAGAGUGUACGGAAACUUAUCUAAUGAUGACGUAAUCAUUGCUGGCCUUAAGGUUUCAUUCCAGACAUUCGAAGAAGCGCUCGAUUUCUCGACAAGUUUUUGGGACCAUGCACAAUGCGACGGCGUUCUGGGAAUGGGUUAUCCAGCCUUAUCUACCUUCGAAGAACCUACUGUCUUCCAAAACAUGAUUGAUAAGCACGUGGUGUCCCGACCAAUUUUUAGCUUCUAUCUAAAUCGAAAUCACACGGACGUGAUCGGCGGUGAACUGAUAUUGGGUGGCACCGAUUCUUCCCAUUACGAGGGCGAGUUUACGUAUGUUAAUGUUACUGAAAAAAAAUACUGGCAAAUUACCAUGGAUAAGUUUCAAAUAAAAAAUUACACCUCUUGCUCGGAAGGCUGUCAAGCUAUCGUCGACACGGGCGCUUCUAUGAUAUAUAGGUGGACCACCGUGGAGUGCGACGAGAUUUCUAAAUUGCCCGAUAUCAAUUUCGUCAUGAUCACAGGAGGCGAAAUAGAUGUUUGCAUUCCCGCCUUCCGAGAUGUUAUUCCGGUUAAUGGUAUAGAGUGGGUUUUGGGCGAUGCAUUUGUUGGUCGGUACUACACCGUAUUUGACAUG